GUGGCCGAGCCCCUGUCACGUGAUACAAAUCCACUGCACGUGGUUGUUCCCCCAUUCUCCUUGCGGGUGAGUUCUGCAGGGCUGUCCUUUGUCUCUGGGGCACUGCGGGAGUUUGGCGCGCGACGUUGCUGCUCAGGAGUUUGCCACUUGCGAGGAAGGGACGCCGCUGGCGACUUGGGCCAGGAUCUGAGAUGCCAAAACGAGGGAAGAAGAAGGAAGAUGCAGUCCUUCCGGAAGAGAAGGAAGAAGAGGCAGACCCAGAGCCUAAGAAGGCUAAGAAAGGCGGAGCGAAGGUUCAGAAGGAAGCCGAUGGCCCGGUUAUGUAUGAGGACCCCCCGGAUAAACUCUCUUCUCCCAGCGGGAAGAAGCACACGCUGAAGGUCACGUCCUGGAAUGUCGACGGGAUCCGUGCCUGGUUCAAGAAGAAGGGUCUGGAGUGGGUGCGCGAGGAAGACCCCGACGUGCUCUGCCUGCAGGAAACGAAAUGCGCCGAGAAACAGCUGCCUGCAGAUAUCCGGGGGAUGGCGGAAUAUCCCCACAAGUACUGGGCCUGUUCGGAUGACAAAGAAGGCUACAGCGGAGUGGCCCUCCUCUCCAAAGUCAAGCCCAUUGACGUCACGUACGGGAUCGGUGAGGAGGAGCAUGACAAGGAAGGCCGAGUGAUCUCAGCCGAGUUCCCCUCCUAUUUCCUGGUGACCGCCUACGUGCCCAACGCGGGCCGGGGGCUGGUGCGGCUGGAGUACCGCCAACGCUGGGACAAAGCCUUCCGGUCCUACCUUCAAGGCCUGGCUGCCCGCAAGCCCCUGAUUCUGUGUGGCGACCUCAACGUGGCGCACCAGGAGAUCGACCUCAAGAACCCCAAGGGCAACAAGAAGAACGCUGGGUUCACGCCGGAAGAGCGGGCCGGCUUCGGCGAGCUGCUGGAAGCCGGCUUCAGCGACACCUUCCGCCACCUCUACCCUGACACGCCCUACGCCUACACCUUCUGGACCUACAUGAUGAACGCCCGGGCCAAGAACGUCGGCUGGCGACUCGACUACUUCCUGGUGUCCAGCGGGCUGCUGGAGAGCCUGUGCGAUAGCAAAAUCCGCACCAAGGCCUUGGGGAGCGACCACUGUCCCAUCACCCUAUAUCUGGCUGUGUGAUUGGAUGCACGGGAGGAGGGAGAGCCGUGUAAAGCUGCACGGUGUUUUUGUACGUGUGUGUGUGUGUGUGAAAAUGCUAUACAUUCUGGCCCUAGGAUUGGUAACGCUGCACGUGACCACCUCCACAAUAGGAGUUUGACUUCUCUACCAGGACAGGGAAACCCAAAAAGUUGACCGAGUUGCCCGUUUCUGACUCGGAGGCCAAUCCUGAGCUAGCCAGAUAAUACAGCGCUUUGUCUCACUCAGAAAACAGGGUGUUCCCCCCUUCUUUCCUCUGCCUGCUGCAGCAAGCAAUGCCCUCCCACUUACUCUGGAGUAGAGGGAACAGGUGGAUGAGAUGCAUGGGCGGAUUGGUUGCCCUGUAGCAAGUAAUGGAUUUCCGGAUCAGAAAGUGGCACCUCUGUCAGGUGGGGUUUUCCUUUUUCAACGUGGGAGGGUGCGGGGCAUGAGCAGAAAUCAGGGAGCCGCUACUGAGUUCCUUAUUCCCACUUAUUCCCAUUCCUGUUGGCUCUAAAACGUCGGAAGUUUCUAAUUUUGUAUCUAGUAGCGGAUUCUGCCCUCCCCAACUUCCUGGUUUUAGGGUGCUGUGCUGCUGUAAGAAAAUUUAUCGCUGCAAAGAGCAUUAAACUUUUUUUAUAGAAAGAA